CCCUUAUUGGAGUCCAUUAAACUGAGGGUUUACUGUAUAACUAAUUCUAUUAGCAUAUCAAAAUAAUGAAAAAACUGUAGAAAAAAGCAAAAACAACAUAAUGGGAAUUUUAUAACAUCAGGCAUUAGUUAUUCCGAAUCUUAAUGAUUAGAAUUCAAGAGGUCUUAAAAAACAAGAAAAAGUUUGGAGAUUAGAUACUAUAAACAAUAAAAAAGUGAUUUAUUGUUCAGGGAAGAUGUUCCAUUUAUUAUAUUCAGCGUCCUCUUUGAGCAAUGACUUAAUUUCAAGAAAACCUUUCCUCCUCCUUAAUAAAAAGGUACCUGAUUGUGCCAUUAUUACUAAACCCAACAGACAGUUUGACAGUUGGAAUACAUUUUAAGAGGGUUUCAUUGUUACUUCAGUUAAGACAACUGAACUUUUAACUUUGGGGUGAGUUUUUACCUUUAUUCUCUGUCCUUCACAUUAUUUUUUAUUAUCUUAAUUGCUAUGAAAAUGUGUUCCCUAGAAAUGUUGUUUUUUACUUUAUCAUAAAGCACAGAAAGUUAAGUCACAGUGGUUUAAUCUGGGCAUGUUCUCCUGAAGGUGAGGCAGAGCCAUUAAGCAGUAUUAGCUAGCUGUGACGUCACACAGCUGGUAACCUAAAAAACGUGAAUUGCAACUUAGCUGGGUGUGACUUUAAAGAAUUUCAAACAAAGAGUGGCCGGGUGUGUGCAACUGUCAUGCUUUCCUGGUUUCUCAUUAUCAGACUCUGACCUGACACUUUAAAACCUACUCUCAACCUGACUUGCUUCUUGUCUGCCUUGUUCUUUAACAGGAUUUGACUUUUAAAAGUGUUAAUAGGAUGUUCCAGACCAUACAUGAGUGGUUUUGGUGGCACCGCAUUUGGCUUCCAGUUAAUCUGACGUGGGCUGAUCUUGAAGACAAAGAUGGACGUGUCUAUGCCAAACCAUCACAUCUAUACAUCACAAUACUAUAUGCAGUAGUUUUCCUUAUUGUUCGACAUGUCUUUGAAAGGCUUAUAGCUACACCAGUAGCAAAAUGCUUCGGAAUCAAAGAUACAGUCAGACUGAAGGCUGUCCAAAACCCUGUCCUAGAGAAGUAUUUCUGCUCUAACUCCAAGAACCCAACACAAUCAGAAAUUAAUGGCCUUUCAAAAAAAUGCAACUGGUCUGAGAGACAAGUGGAAAGAUGGUUUCGGAGGAGACGCAAUCAAGAAAGACCAGGAAUAUUGAAGAAGUUUAGGGAGGCCAGUUGGAGAUUCACUUUUUAUUUGUCAGCAUUCAUUGGAGGCUUAGUGGCACUUUAUGAUAAACCAUGGUUCUAUGACAUGCAACAAGUGUGGGAUGACUUUCCAAAACAGUCACUGAUGGAGUCCCAGUACUGGUAUUACAUAAUUGAGAUGAGCUUCUACUGGUCUCUGCUCUUCAGAGUUGCUUUUGAUGUCAAAAGGAAGGACUUUAGAGAGCAAAUUGUGCACCACUUGGCAACACUUCUUCUGCUGGGCUUCUCCUGGUUUGCCAAUUACAUUCGUAUCGGGACCCUUGUGAUGGUUACACAUGAUGCUUCCGAUGUUUUACUGGAGUCAGCAAAGAUGUUUAAUUAUGCCAAAUGGACAACAGCUUGCAAUUUGCUGUUUGUGUUAUUUGCUUUGGUAUUCUUCAUCACCAGACUGAUCAUCUUUCCUUUUUGGCUCAUCCACUGCACAUGGGUCUAUCCAGUGCAGAGAUUCCCAGCUUUCUUUGGCUAUUACUUCUUCAAUGUGAUGCUUGUGGUCCUGCAGCUCCUGCACAUUUUUUGGGCCUAUCUCAUUCUGUGCAUGCUGAAAAAAUUCCUCUUUGGAAAUCUGGUUGGCGACGAGAGGAGUGACCAUGAAGAGGAGGAGGAUGUAAGCGAUUCAGCAGAAGAUGAAGGACAUGGAAAAGUGAGGAAUGGCGCAGCAGCAGUUGGAGAUGCUGCUGUGGACAGUCAGUGUAACCAUUAGCACUGAUGCAGUCCCACCACCUGCAGCUUCUCAGAGACGGUCCUGGAGAAAGCCCACAGAGCCCCAAUGAAGUGUGAAGCCUUCUGUCAGAGACAAGUGUCGAUGAGAAAAGACAAGAACAAAACAAAUUAUACGUACUUGAUUUAUUGAUGGAAGAUGUGACGCAGGACACCUACAGUACCACAUUACAGAAACAAAAUUGCUUAAGCCAUCAAAGCAUGUCAACAACUUUUCAUAAAAUUCACACUCAGAUUCUAAGUUGUCAAGGAAUUUGCUCAAAUAUUGCUCUUUCCUACAGAUGUUCUCAUUCAUUAUGAAACAUAAUUGAAGAAGAUGCAAAUUUUUACCAAGGUUCUACAAGGUUUCUUGUACAAAACAAACCGGGAAAUAAAAGGUUUACUUGUUUAUGUCUGCAUCCUCAUUGCUGAUAUGAGCAUGUUUUUUUAGGAACAAAAAAGGUUUAGUGUUUACUCAUGAGACCCAGCUUGAUAUUAGUGGUAGCUGUGGCAGGCUAGCUGUUACUCCACUGCUUCAAUCUUGAAUUUCUCAUUGAAAAUAAAUGUGAUGAAAUUGCUGGUUCUUAUUUAUACAUAUACAGUAUGGUUCUAUAGCUGUUUUUUAUCAUCUGAAACUCAUCUGAGAAUUCCCUCCAAAUGAUGUGAUUGUAUGUAGGAUUACAGGAGCAGUGCCUUUUAUUCACUUUUUACUAUAUGGACAUUGUGUUGUAUUUAACAUGGGACAGUAUUAUGAUUUACAUCUUUUUGAGGUUAAUAUUUAGAAAACAAAUACAGUUAUUAUGUGAAUGAGUUUCUAAAUAUACCAAUGAUAAUGAGAUUGUUUUACCUUUUUUCACCAUAAUAAUAUGAAACACCAACUUCAGUUAUGAGAAGUUGCUGAUUGAUUUGUUCCAUAAACAUAUCAUGUGUGUGGGAGGGGUCACUAAGUUUAAAGCAUAAAUAUAUCUAAAAAAAUAUUUACGCAAAAAUGGUUCUUAGGUAGCCUUAUCAUUUUAAUGUAGUACAGUAGGUUGUAAAUGUGUUUGUGUUUUAAAUAAAGGUCAAGAGCCUUUUCUAUUUUAUACAGAUUUUUUAACAUAGUAGUGAUUUAACUUUAAAACUUAAAGUACUGAAAUAUGAAAAAUGUAUAGUAAAUGUAUUCAAGACUUCAAUAUACAGUAUAUGAAUAUUGAAUGUUAAUUGAUUAAAACAAAAUGAUUUAAAUGGCUAAUUAAAUGGCAGUUUAAAUACAAUUAAUCAAUCAUCACAGCAUUAAAAUAACUCUUGCAGAUCCUAGUGAUCCAUCUUGGAUUGUCCAUCCAUCAGAAAAAGAAUCUGAUUAAGCUGAUUCACUGACAAUGUUUUAUAUAUAGAUACAUCAAAAUAUAUAUUUUUUGUUCUAAAAGUACUUGAACAGUGAACUGACACCAUUAAACAAUAUUUAUUGAGGUAGGUUAAUGAAGACGUUAUUUGGAAAUCUUGAUAAAAUAAACAACAUGAAAUAAGCAUUCAGGUUUAACUGGUGUAGAUGUUACAAAUAAACUCUGAUUAUGUAUGUUUAUAUUCAGGAACUUGCCAGUGUUUUGUGUUUCAAUGACCAUACAGUAGGCAUUACAACAAAGAAAAGCUGAGUGCAUGAUGGGUUAAAAAUUGGUUACAUUGGAGACUAAGUAAAGAUUUAUGAUAAAUUAAAAUUCUUUGAUAUGCAGCAAACAUAAGCUUGCAGAGUUACUGUAAAAUGAGUAUGGACAUCAGAGGUACUUUAACUCUAAAAUUGCUACUUUGAAGUAUGUAUAAAAUUGUAAUUUCUUAUUACAUUGUAUGUCUUUAUUCCUUAGAAAAUGUGAAACAUUGUGAGAUUUAAUGCACUGCAGUAAUAUUGUGAUGUAUAAAGCAUAUUAGCCAGCUCUGUAUGAUCAUUGUUAGCAUGAAAAAUUAUUUUGUCCAUUCCACAGAAAGAUAAUUUGUGUGACAGCUUAGUAAAAUAAGUAGGAAAUAGAAUCCAAUUAAAUACCUUUGGGAAUGAUAAAA